GGGCAUUGUGGGUCGCGGCGGGCCCCGAGAGACGCCUCUUCGCUCGGGCCGCGGAAUGGCGGCGGCGGCGGCGGCGGCGGCGACGAGUCGGUGCUGGGCGGCGCUGGGCCGGGCGCGGGCCUCCUCUUCGUGCCUGCGCUGGGGGCUGCGGGGCCCGGCCUGGGCGCCUCUCGGGGCGAGGCCGGAGCUGCUGCUGCCCCCGCGGCGCUGCCUCUCCUCCCGGAAUCGCCCCGAGGGCAAAGUCUUGGAGACAGUCGGGGUCUUCGAAGUGCCAAAGCAGCAUGGCAAAUAUGAGACGGGACAGCUCUUCCUCCACAGCAUAUUCGGAUACCGGGGGAUCGUCCUCUUUCCUUGGCAAGCCAGGUUGUACGACCGAGACGUCGCUUCUCCCGUGCCGGAAAAGAGUGAGUCUGCAGCUGGACAUGGAUCCAAAGAAGUGAAAGGCAAGACACACACUUACUAUCAGGUCCUGAUUGAUGCUCGCGAUUGUCCACACAUAUCUCAGAGAUCCCAAACGGAAGCCGUGACGUUCUUGGCCAACCACGACGACAGCCGAGCCCUCUAUGCAAUCCCAGGACUGGACUACGUGAGCCACGAGGACAUCCUGCCCUACACGUCCACGGAUCAGGUGCCCAUCCAGCACGAGCUCUUUGAACGGUUCCUCCUCUACGACCAGACAAAAGCCCCCCCGUUCGUGGCGAGGGACACGCUCUGCGCCUGGCAGGAGAAGAACCACCCGUGGCUGGAGCUCUCCGACGUGCACCGGGAGACCACCGAGAACAUCCGGGUCACCGUCAUCCCCUUCUACAUGGGCAUGCGGGUAGGCGGGCCGCUCCCUGCGCCCUCCAGGGCCUGCCUUGCCUGGCGUGUCCCUGCAGUGGGGGGAGCGGGAAGGAUGGGGCCCAGCGACGAGGGAGGGCGCGGAGGGGGCAGAGCACAGCAGCCCAGGCAGUCCUCCACUUACGGCCGUCUGGAGAUGCAGCGGCACUGAGGAAGGGGGCCCAGG